AUGGCAACCCAAACGCAGACCAGUUCCGGCACGGAAUCAAACUCAUCUCUGCUUUCUUCAUCUACUUCUCCGAAAAUGGAAGACACCGAAUACAUCUCCUUCAGCCCCAACUUUGCCUACUACGAGCCUCGAUCGGCAAGUGCCAAAUGCCAUGAAUGGAAGCGGGUCCCCAUGCAAUACGACCAUGAAAUUUACCUCCAACUCACAGCAGGCGAGGACGGUACUAUUGAGAAAACAGCAAACCAGGUCUAUCUCGAGGAACGAGAAAGACUCCUACAAUCCAGGUCCCAAGACCCAGCCGUCUACGAUCCUCAACAAGAUGCCCCAAGUCCAAUAGAUUUUGAAUGCGCUGAAAGGCAGAGGAUAAAGGCUAUUGAGUAUCGGCGUGGGAUGCAGAAGCCCGUAUUGAGAAUACGUACAUCACCAACAAUGGAAAGCAGGUCAAGAUCCAUGUCGGAAACGUCUGAAACGUCGAUGGGGGUGAGGAUGAAAGCGACGAUGUCAGCGGAGGAAGACUGGGUGAGUGGGAUUUGA